UUGGAAACUUGAAGGGUUUUUGACUCAUUUUUGUCGGCAAUUUUUGAUAAUUUUUUAUCACACCUUAAUAUAUUACUAUACCGCACAGCUUACUCUCCUUUUCAGCUACUCCUCUGACCACCAUCGGACUUUUCAGCUGCCUCACCACCCCAUUUCCACCAUUUUCCGUAUCGCCGCUGUCAUUUUUCCAGCUGAAACUUGCAAUAUUAGUCAUCCGUUUUCAGCACUCAUGGGUGAACAAACCCAAGUACAAACAUUAACCGAAGCCCAAGCUCAACCCCCACCCCCGCCACAACCACAAUCUCUACCCAAUUCUGAUUCCACGGUUGAUGUCUCCCCAAAUCCGUCUAACCCUUCCAAAAUCCCAAUUCGACCCCAAAAAAUCCGAAAGCUCUCUUCCACCCCCACCUCAAAUGGAAAACCCCCACAGACCACCGCCGUACCAUCACCAUCCACAGCAACCACCGUAGCGAUUACCAGUACAACCGCCAAGAGUCGUCGUAAGAGUACACCGAAAUCAUCAAGGAUUUUUCCCCAAAUCAUUAAACCCUUAUCAGCUGAUGGAGAAAUCGACAAUGCAAUCCGGCACCUCCGUUCUGUGGACCCGCUUCUUGUUUCCUUAAUAGAUACACUUCCUCCCCCACAAUUUGAGUUGCACCAUUCUGCGUUUUUAGCCCUUAGCAAGAGCAUUCUCUAUCAGCAACUAGCUUAUAAAGCAGGCACUUCAAUAUACACUCGCUUUGUGUCCCUUUGUGGAGGAGAGGACGCUGUUUGCCCUGACAUUGUUCUCGCCCUCUCUGCUCAACAGCUUAAGCAAGUUGGUAUCUCGGGGCGAAAGGCUAGUUAUCUUUAUGACUUAGCAAACAAGUUUAGAAGUGGGAUUUUGUCUGAUGAAACUCUUGUAAAGAUGGAUGAUAGGUCAUUGUUUACAAUGCUUUCGAUGGUGAAGGGUAUUGGUUCUUGGUCAGUGCACAUGUUCAUGAUAUUUUCGCUUCAUAGACCAGAUGUUUUGCCUGUUAGUGACUUGGGAGUCAGGAAAGGUGUGCAAAUGCUACAUGGUUUGGAGGAAUUGCCAAGACCGGCGCAGAUGGAGCAAUUAUGUGACAAAUGGAAGCCUUAUAGAUCUGCAGGGGCGUGGUAUAUGUGGCGGUUAGUGGAAGGGAAAGGGACUCCAACUACUACAGCAGCACCAAUUGAAGGUGAUAAUGUGCACACACUGCAGCAAAUUCAGACACAGCAGGAAGCUCAGCAACAUCAACUGCAGCUUCUGGAACCAAUUAAUGGCAUUGAAAAUCUUGGGGCUUGCAUUUGGAGCCAAUGAUAGCAGUGUUCAGAUAUUGAUUAAGCUAUUUUCCAAGGCUGGCUGGAGAAGAAUUCAAACAGAGAAGAGGCUCCCUAAGAUCCUGUGCACCAAGAUUCUCUAGCAUGUGUUUGUACUGAGCUUAUGUUGCGGAGAUUGUGAAGUUGUAAUAGCAAGCAAUUAUGCUUCUUCGGUUAGAAGGCAGACCCUCAUUUGUUAGAUUGAUGUAGGGAACUGCAGUUUCUGGGUAAAGAGGUACACUAUGCUCACAAUUACUAUUAUUUAAAUUCCCCCUCAAUUUUCAUGCUUCCUUUGAAUAUAAAAAGCACUGGAGUAAGCCAGCUUCUAACUGUGUUAUGAUUUUUAGCAAUGUGAUGUACCAUAAAUAAAUGUUAGUACUAUAAUCGUGUUACAGCCA